CCUCACCGCUACCCACCCACCCACGCUCCAUCAUACCCCUGUGAGUCUGUGACAACAUCAGAAAGGCGCCAUGGAAGAGGACAAGAAGCAGAGAAGAAGGCAGGGCCACCCCCUCCUGUGGGGAGGAGGCGCGAGGACGGAGCCCUACACGCACGGCUUCUCAAACACCCAGAUGAUGGCGCUCACCGCCGUCUGCGGCACGCUGGUCCCGUCGUUGCCGCCCGACGGCCACUACUUGGCGGACGACAAGGCCGUCUGGGACUCCUCCCUCGCAUCCGCCGCUUACCCGCCCGUCCCAGACGAGGUGGCGCAGCUGAUGUCGGCAAUGUGUCUCCGGGAGGCGCUGACGCUGGUGCGGAUGGUGUUGUGGCUGCUGGGCACGCGACUGGGGAUGCCCGCGCUGGGCGGCGCCCGGUGCCUGUCGUGGAGCUCGCAGUUCGUGCAGCGGUUCACGGAGAUGUCGGUGGACCGGCGGGAGGACGCGCUGCGCUGGUGGAGCCGGGAGACCAUGCUCCCGCCGUUGCGCCUCUUCUUCCUCCUCGUGAAGGUCUUCUGCCUCUACGUCUUCUACUCCUGGUUCCGUGAUCAAACAUGCCCGAAAGUUUGA